AUGAGCUCCGUGCAGCCAGACUUAAAUAGUGAAUACCGCGACAAAAGAAAGGAUGCUAUUAAGCGUGUUAUCGCGAAUAUGACUGUUGGAAAAGACGUAUCGGGUUUAUUUCCAGACGUACUGAAGAACAUGCAGACAGAAGAUCUGGAGCAGAAGAAGCUCGUUUAUCUUUAUCUUAUGAAUUACGCAAAAACACAGCCAGAGCUCGUUAUACUUGCCGUGAACACAUUUGUCAAGGAUGCUUCCGAUCCUAAUCCAUUAGUCCGUGCAUUAUCUAUAAGAACUAUGGGAUGUCUCAGAGCAGAAAAGAUUAUCGACUAUCUCUCAGAUCCACUUGCUGCAGGUCUACAAGAUGAUAACCCAUAUGUACGCAAAACAGCUGCUCUAUGCGUUGCCAAAAUGUACGAUCUUAAACCAUCACUUGCGAUUGAUCGAGGAUUUGUUGAAACGCUUCAAGAACUUGUUGGUGAUCCAAAUCCGACUGUUGUUGCAAAUGCCGUCACUGCCUUGACUGAUAUUCAUAAUUCCCCUCAUCCAGAUUCACCAGGUUUCAUAAUUGAUAGGGACAUACUUAACAAGAUCCUAGUUGCUCUUAAUGAAUGCACCGAAUGGGGCAGAAUAUCAAUAUUGAGCGCGUUGUGUCGCUAUACACCAACAGAGGAGAAAGAAACUGAAUACAUUUGCGAACGUGUUUUACCACAAUUUCAACAUGCCAAUGGUAGUGUUGUUUUGAGUGCUAUUAAAGUCGUUAUGAUUAAUUUACAGCGUUUACAAAGGGAAGACUUUAUAAGACAGCUCGUUCGUAAGAUGGCACCUCCUCUAGUCACUCUUGUGGCAUCAGAGCCUGAGGUACAAUGGGUAGCUCUUAGAAACAUAAAUUUGAUAUUACAAGCUCGUCCAGACGUUCUUUCUUCAGAAUUGCGCGUCUUUUUUUGCAAGUACUCCGAUGCACAAUACAACAAAGUUGAAAAAUUAGACAUAUUGGUUAAAUUAGCUAAUGAGAACAAUGUCGACACUCUAUUAAACGAGCUUAAGGAAUAUGCUAGUGAAGUUGAUGUUGAUUUCGUUCGCAGAUCGAUAAGAGCUAUAGGACGGUGCGCAAUCAAAAUUGAAGAUGCUGCAGAGCGUUGUGUACAAGUUCUCGUUGACUUGAUCAACACAAAAGUAUCAUAUGUUGUACAAGAAGCAGUCAUAGUCAUAAAGGAUAUAUUCCGUAAAUACCCACACUCAUAUGAAGCAAUUAUUCCAACACUUUGUGAAAACCUCGAAGAAAUUGAUGAACCUGAAUCCAAAGCGUCAUUGAUUUGGAUCCUAGGUGAAAAUGCAGAGAAAAUAGUAAAUGUCGAGGAGUUAUUAGAGACGUAUCUGGAUAGCUUUAUCGAGGACUCUUACCCAGUUCAAUUACAAACCUUAAGUGCGAUAGUAAAACUGUUUUUAAAGAAGCCAGAGGGACCUUCUCAGUCAUUGGUUCAAAGGGUUUUGACGACAGCUACAAGUGACUGUGAUAACUCAGAUGUACGUGAUCGUGCAUUUAUUUACUGGAGACUACUUUCAACAGAUACUGGAGCAGCAAGAUCAAUUACUAUAGCGGAUAGGCCACCUAUCGUCAUUCCAAACUUAACAGUCUCGCGGGCAAUCCUAGAAGAACUAGUCCAAGAAAUUUCUUCCCUUGCAGCCGCAUAUCACAAGCCAGCAUCUACUUUCGUUGGUAAAGGUCGUCUUGGUAUUGAGUCAAUAAAGAAGAUUAAUCCGAAUGAAGAAAAUGAAAAUAUUUCGAAACAAAAAGCAUUGAACACGGUGGCACAAGGUGUUAAAGCAGAAAAUUUAUUAGACCUUGAUGAAGAUGCCUCACCAUCCACGACACAAAGUCCACAAGAAAGCUUCAACAGUUUCACAGCCAAUACGGCGACAAGUAAUAUUAACCAUGCACCAAGUCCCGCACAGUCUAAUCCUGUCGAUGACUUAUUAGGCUUAUUCGGAAAUGCCACCGUUUCGAGUCCUAGUCAGUCCGUCGGCGCAAAUAACGACAUUUUCGAUAUGACAACAACAAACAACACACAAGGGCAGAAUAAGAAUAGUGGUUUAGAAGAUCUCCUUUUUUAA